AUGCGCAAAUUCAAGGACAGGUUCGAAAAACUCUUUAAACCGUCAUCGAGGGGAUCCGGAAGCACACCGAGCAGUGUGGGGCGCCCAAGUCUCCAGUCGGAGCCCGAGGAGCAGCCCGUCGUUCAGCGAGUUUCGGGAGAGCAGGAUCCAACCCCGACGACCGGCACCACCCUCGGCGGGGUCAAUAAGGCGGAUCUCGACCAAGCCGGAAGAGCGCUUUCGGCGCUCAAGACUCCCGGGAAUCAUAUGGCCAAGGUGUUCCAGUCUAUCGAACCAACAGCGAAACACGUGAAGAGUUCGUACGAGCUGUGGGGGCCCCUGAUGGAGAAGGUCCAGGUCUUUGCAUCGUUAGUGGAGAAAAUCAGUGAUAUUCAUCCGUACGCCAAGAUAGCAUCCACCGUCCUGCUCUCAAUCGUCAAGCCUGUUAUCGCACAAGACAAGCGUGACAAAGCUAUGGCAGACCUCUUCGUGUCGAUGUAUGACCUCUACGACUUCGUAAUGGAAGCCGGUCGCCUCUCCGAGUUGGACGAAAAGCGCAUGAAGUUGCUCCAGGACAUGUCGAUGCAGACAGCCGAGUGCGCCUACUUCAUCCGGGACAAGGCUCAAGUCGAGAACUUCUGGGUCCGAGCAGGCAAAAACGCGGUUUUUGGUCCGCAAAUAGACAGCAAAAUCGCCGAGUUCACCCAGGCCUUCAAGGACCUUCGCCGUUGCUUCACCGAACAUGGAGUGCUCGAGAUCGAAAUCAAGCUAGCAAUUCUCGAAGAUAUCCUCCAAGGCACUACUGUCGAGCUGUCCACCCUGACUCAUGUAAAAUCCAUCGGCGGGCGUCUCAAGGGCCAUUCCGACCGCAUAACUCGCGUCAGGUUCUCUCCGGAUGGCGGUCGCUUUGUUUCCGCCUCGUUCGAUGGUACCCUUCGUGUAUGGGAUUCGACUACGCUCCAACCCCUCGGAGAGCCUCUACGUGGCCAUACGUCCUUUGUACCGGAUACUGAUUACUCGCCAGAUGGCCGCAGGAUUGUCUCAUGUUCGUACGACGGCACCAUUCGCAUCUGGGAUGCCGAGACAUACGAGUGUCCCGUCGGGCCCAAGGUCGGGCAUGAAGGUCGGGUCACUUCCGUCGCGUGGUCACCGGAUGGAAAGCGCAUCGCAUCCGGCUCGGACGAUAGCACAGUACGGGUGGGAUGCUGA